AUGUCAGCAUUUAAGGAGGCCCAUGUCAGCUCCAACUUCGGGGUCAAACGGUCGGACUGCUUCUGCUUCCACUGUUGCUUCCUGGUAGCAAGAGACGUUGUUAUUCUCAGCCCUGUCGCUUCUAUCAUGAAAUUCCACUCGCUUACCCAGCUGGCUACUGGCCUUGUUGCCGGUGCUACUCUCGCUGCUGCUGGCAGUGACCCGCGUCAUGCCCCAGGAGCUUACAUUUUCGAAUUUGAGCCUCAAGUGGAUGUCGAACCUUUCUUCACUGCACUCGCUGGCGUCGGCGAAGUGCGUUUGCGACUCGAGUCCGCCGUCUUUAAGGGCGCCUCAGUGCAGCUGGACGAGAACGACACGGCCGAGGCACGUCGAGCUUCGGCAUUGCUGGCAGAUUUGCCCAUAGUCAAGAAUGUCUGGCCUCUAGGUCUCAUCUCCAGGGAGGACCUGUUACAUCCUGAUAUGAUAAUCAGCGCAGAAGACGUAGCAGCAUCAACGCCUACCAACGACAAGCGCUCCGAGCCGAUGCAGAAUCUCAACUUCCCUCUGGCCAUGACCCAGGUAGACCGGCUGCACGAAAAGGGCAUCAAGGGUGAUGGUAUCACCGUGGCCAUUGUCGACAGCGGCGUCGACUAUACCCAUCCGGCACUCGGAGGUUGCUUAGGCGAGGGCUGUCUGGUGGCCAAGGGCUGGGACUUUAUCGGCAACGGCACCGUUGCGAAGCCGCAGCCCAAUGGCGACCCGAUGGACUUCACAGGCCAUGGCACACACGUUGCAGGUAUCAUCGCGAUGCAGGCUGACAGCAACCCCUUUGGUCUAUCGGGAGUGGCACCCCAGAUAACCAUUCACGCCUACAAAGUGCAGGGGCCGCAUCAAGACGUGACCGAGGACACCUUGAUUGCUGCGUUCCACCGCGCCGUUGACGAGGGCGCCGACAUCAUCACCUCAUCCAUUGGCGCCAACGGCGGCUGGUCUGACGGUGCUUGGGCCGUCGUGGCCUCUCGCAUUGUAGCGCAGGGCAUCCCGUGCACACUCAGCCAGGGCAACGAGGGCAACGUCGGCCCUUUUACUGGCGAUACAGCGGCAGACGGCAUCAACGUGACGGCUGUUGCCGCCUUUGACAACACACACAACACAUUCCCGCUCCUGGCUUCUUCCUUUUCGGUCGAUGGCGGCGACUCUCAGCGUUUUGGGUAUUAUCUGCCGCCGCUUAACGUGAUUACCGCCGACAAGCCCUUGAAUCUGCCUCUUUGGACUCCUGAAAAGUCUGCGGCUGGCGAUGCAUGCGCUGCGUUGCCCAGCGAUACGCCCGAUUUGAGCACUCGAGCUGUGCUGCUGCGCCGUGGAGGAUGCGGUUAUGACCAAAAGAUUACCAACAUCGUGGCCAAAGGCGCCAAAACCGCACUCUUCUACAUGGACGGCCCAACCCUUGAUUUCACCAUGUUUGGCACAAAACUCCAAUUUGCCGCCAUGCUUACCAAGCCCGUUGGUGAGAAGUUGGUUAAUCAUCUUGCAGGCGGCCACAAUGUCACUCUUAAUCUCACUUUGCCUGCAGCGGCAGAGGUGUUCAUUGACACCUCGCUCAACGACCAGACUGGCGGUGCCGUCACCACGCUUUCGUCCUGGGGCCCUACGUACGAGAUGACGCCCAAGCCCCAGUUUGGUGCUCCCGGCGGCAACAUCCUCUCCUUAUGGCUUAACCACUCGUAUGUAGCCAUCUCCGGUACCUCCAUGUCCACGCCUCAUACUGCCGGCGUCAUCGCCCUGAUUCGCCAGAUCCGUGGCGAGAUGCCCCCCGGCGGUGUAGAUCGUCUUCUGUCCUCCACGGCCAAGGCUCAGUUGUACAAUGACGGCAACAAGUUCUACAACUUCCUCGCUCCCGUGGCCCAGCAGGGCGCUGGUCUCAUUCAGGCUUUUGACGCUGCCUACGCAACUACCCUCUUGGAGCCCUUGCACUUGGCCUUUAACGACACCGACCACAUGCCCAGCCAGCUUAACUUUGUCAUCACGAAUACCGGCUCAUCGUCCAUCUCUUACAAGCUCAGCACCGUCAAUACACCCACCGUCUACGGGCUCAAGGCUGACGGCAACGCGCCCAACUUGUUUCCCCCUGAAAUGUCCGACGUGUCGGCCUCUCUCACGCUCAACACCACCAGUUUUACUGUUGAACCAGGCUGCUCUGUGACUGUCGCUGCCUCUGCUACGCCGCCUGCUGGCCUGCCUGCCCACCGCUUGCCCAUCUGGUCUGGCUACGUAACCAUCAACGGCACCGAUGGCUCUUCUCUGGCCCUCCCGUACCAGGGCUUGGCAGCCUCGUUGCGCAAUCUGGCCGUCUUGUAUGACUCCAGGCUGUCAUUUAAUAACGCCAAUGUCGCCGCCGGCGCUAAUAUUACCCUGCCACCGCUUAACUAUAACGAGGAUCAAGACCCGAACAAGAAGCAGAAAACGCUUCUGUUCCAGACUAGAACGCGCCACGGCUCUCGCCAGCUCCGCUACCAGGUUGUGUCUGCCGAUAAUAGCACUCAAGUUAUCGGCACGCCAUAUGGCUGCCCUACGCGCAAGGUAACUCACCGCGCCAUCACGCGUUGCUACUGGAGUGGUCGUCUCGAAUCUGGCGAGCGUGCGCCGGUUGGUAAAUACAAGUUUGCCAUUUCUGCGUUGAAGACGUUUGGAUCAAGCGAUGAGCCCAAGGACUGGGACCGUGUCGAAUCCGAUUCGUUUACUAUUGCUUACCAGGCCAGUGCCAACUAGUAAAGAGUCCAAGUUAGUGUAGCUAUUUUGUACAGAGAUGGCAAUAUUUUUGCCAUUAUGUUGAUAUCCCGGGAAAUUAUCUUGUUUAUUAUAAGAAUGCACUUGGAUUCUAGAAAUUUGCGUUAAUGAAUCGAUAUGCAGGAUCCGAUUUCACGGAUUAUAUAAGAAAUAUUAAUUAUAUCUAGAGGCAGCAGCUUCUUCAACGACUGUCUUGUCGAUUAUUGUAAAACCGU